GGUAAUGGUGGGUACUGUACACAGUGGAGAAGUUAGGGUUCGGGAGAGCCGCGGAGACGCAGUAAAUCAAAACAAAACCUUCUCUUCGGUUCUUCGUCCUCUAUGCUGCUCGUCUUCUCUUCUGGGCCUCUUUUCUUGGAUUUUGUAUUGCAAUAACCCAUCAUGGGCGACAACGGGGAUGUGCUCAAUGGCUACACUGUUAUUAAGGAAGGGGAGGCGGAGAUACUCAUGCAUUCCAGCAACACCGUCUUCUUCAACAAAGCCCAGGUGAACAACAGAGAUGUGUCUAUUGCUGUUUUAAGGAUGUUCGUUGAAAAACGCAAAGAAGAAUAUGAUGCCAUGUUGCGUAGAAAAGUAAAAUCUGAAACUAGAAUCAAUGAAGCCACACCAUCUAGUUCAACAAUGAAGGAAACAAACAUUGUUGAUGGUGAAGAGGCAAUUAUUGGUCUUGAUGUCACCUCAAAUGGGCUUCAUCAAGGGAAGGAUAAUGACUCUGUUGAUGCAUCACAUGACAUCUCAGAAAAGAUCUCUGUCAAAGUUCAUGGAGAACCGAAAGCGCCCAAAGUUCUUGAGGCUUUGGCUGCUUCUGGAUUGAGAGCACUUCGUUAUGCUCGUGAAGUGGAUGGGCUAGGGCCAGUUAUAGCACUAGACAAUGAUGAAGCAUCUGUUAAAGCUUGCAUGAGAAAUAUAAAAUUCAAUGGGUCCACUGCAUGUUCAAAGGUUGAAGCCUAUCAUGCAGAUGCACGAGUUUACAUGCUUACUAAUCAGAAAGAAUUUGAUGUGGUGGAUCUCGAUCCAUAUGGAUCACCUUCUGUUUUUUUAGACUCAGCUGUACAAGCAGUCACUGAUGGUGGAAUUUUAAUGUGCACUGCCACUGACAUGGCUGUUUUAUGCGGCGGAAAUGGGGAGGUUUGCUAUUCCAAGUAUGGUUCUUAUCCUUUGAAAGGAAAAUACUGCCAUGAGCUGGCUUUGAGGAUUCUUCUUGCUUGCAUUGAGAGCCAUGCAAACCGUUACAAACGUUACAUUGUUCCAAUUCUUUCUAUACAAAUGGAUUUCUAUAUCCGUGUUUUUGUUCGCAUAUUCACCUCAGCAAGUGCGAUAAAAAACACACCUCUUAAACUCUCCUAUGUUUACCAGUGUGUUGGUUGCGAUUCUUUCCAUCUGCAAUGUGUUGGGAGGACAGUUUCCAAAAAUAACAGUGUGAAGCAUGCUCCUGGAUUUGGCCCUGUUGUUCCUCAAGAAUGCACGGAUUGUGGAAAAAAGUUUAAUAUGGGUGGCCCAAUAUGGUCUGCUCCAAUGCAUGAUCAGGAAUGGGUCCUUUCUAUAUUGGAAAAUGUCAAAGCUUUGAGAGAACGAUAUCCUGCAUAUGGGAAAAUUUUUGCUGUUCUAACGGCUAUAUCAGAGGAAUUGCAUGAUGUCCCUCUCUUUCUCAGUCUCCACAACCUGUGCGGCACUCUGAAAUGCACUUCGCCCUCUGCUGAAAUAUUUAGAUCUGCAGUUUUCAAUGCCGGAUAUCGUAUCUCUGGAACCCACGUGAAUCCUCUUGGUUUAAAAACUGAUGCUCCAAUGGAAGCCAUUUGGGACAUCAUGCGCUGCUGGGUCAAAAGCCAUCCAGUUAAAGUUCAGCCACGAGAUCAAUCUGGAUCAGUGAUUCUUUCCAAGGAACCAGGUCUCCAGGCAAAUUUUUCUCGAGCUUUUGCUUCUCUCAGCAAAGCUCAAGUGAAGAAGGUUGCGAGGUUUCUUCCAAAUCCUGAACGGCACUGGGGUCCUAAGGUAAGAGCUGGUAGACGAAUCUCAAGCAAGCAUGUCUCUCUCUUGGGCCCUGAGGCUAUUGAUAUAUUGGUUAGUCAUGAAAAGGAAAAUGAAGUGAAAGAGACACCACAUUACCAAGAAGAGCAAAAUGAUGAUGGCGUUGAGCCGAAGCGACAUAAGACGAGCCAUGAAUGUUUUGAUCAAUCAUCAUAAGAAGAUGGAGCAAGAACUCUCUUAUGUAUUCAUAUUUGGUUUUAGCUUCACCAUCUAAUUUUAUAUUAGCAUGAAUGGGUGGUAUUACUUUGUAUUUAAGGUCUUGAAUGGCGUCUGUGCUUUCGUCAUGCAUAGAUGUUAUCUCACAAGCUCUAUUUAUAUGAUCAGUCUAUAUCGAUAAAUGAUUAUCAAUGCUGUUAUAUAUAUUACUGUAGGGCUUGAGUUUGGAAAUUUUGGUGAUUAUUCUAUGUAAAGAUUCACUAGUUAUUUCAUUUUGAUGUGUAUUUAUGAAGUUUUAGUGAGCUAUUUAUUUAACAA